AAAAUGUAAAGAAGAAGAAGAAAGCAGGAAGUGGGAAGCUGCUGAUAAACACAAGUCUUGAAGUUGUGACAUUUGAGAGAGAACCGCGCAGCUGACGGCGGAGGACUUGCAUGUCAUAUAAUCACAAAUAUCAUACAGGUAACGUUAUCUGAGAUGAAGGGCGCUCUGGAGCUGCUGCAGCGGGUGAGCGCUCACCCGGAUGCUCGCUGCUGGUGCGUCGCGUGGAGCCCGUCUGGUACUUGGCUCGCGUCAUGCGGCGGGGACCGCGCGAUAAGAAUUUGGGGUAAAGAAGGGGACAGUUGGGAGUGUAAGUGUGUCCUGGAUGAUGGACACCAGCGUACAGUCAGAACGGUGGCCUGGUCUCCCUGCGGGAAAUAUCUGGCAUCAGCCAGCUUUGAUGCCACAACAUGCAUCUGGAAGAAGACGAAUGAUGAUUUUGAGUCCCUGACAGUGUUAGAAGGUCAUGAAAACGAGGUCAAGUGUGUCGCCUGGGCUCCGUCUGGAAACUUACUAGCCACCUGCAGCAGAGACAAAAGUGUUUGGAUCUGGGAAGUGGAUGAGGAGGAUGAAUAUGAGUGUGUAAGUGUUGUGAAUUCACACACGCAGGACGUUAAACAUGUCGUGUGGCACCCAACACAGGAGCUUCUCGCAUCAGCCAGUUAUGACAACAAAGUGUGCAUUUAUAAAGAGGAGGAUGAUGACUGGGAAUGUAGAGCCACGUUAGAGGGUCACGAAUCCACUGUUUGGAGUCUGGCCUUUGACCCUGAGGGACAGAGAUUGGCAUCUUGUAGCGAUGAUCGUACCGUGAAGAUCUGGAAGGAGUCGACACCUGCAGAUGGUGAGAGUGGUUCAUCAGAUGAGUCCUGGAAGUGUGUAUGUACCUUGUCUGGAUUCCACGGGAGAACAGUAUAUGAUGUUGCAUGGUGUCGUCUGACCGGUGCCUUGGCCACAGCGUGUGGCGAUGAUGGAGUCCGAGUAUUCAAAGAAGACCCCACUGUUGACCCAGAGCAGCCCGUCUUCUUCAUGUCAGCCCAUGUGCCCAAAGCCCACGGUCAGGACGUCAACUGCGUGUCCUGGAACCCGAAGGAGGCGGGACUGCUGGCCACCUGCAGUGACAACGGAGAGUUUGCCAUCUGGAAGUACAACUCUGAUUCCUGAGCUGGUGAAUGACACUUGAUCAGACAAAAGCACUGAAGGAGUUUCAUGGCUCAUAAUGGGGAACAAUAGCUAUUCUUAUUCUGACCGUGUGUGUUGGCAGCACCGGUGAAAUGGAUCGAAAGACAAUACACUCUUUAACUCGCCUCAUUCUCUGUUAGUGUUUUUGAUGGGUCAUUUGUAACUUAUCAGAAUUUCUUUUGACCGUAUGGAUUAUUUUAGCUUUAUCUGUGGCUUAAAAUACCUUCAGUGCUUUAAUUAAAUAAAGCUUCUCGAUGCUGAAGAUAAAACAUCCUAAUUUGUCUUUUUAUCAUGUCC